GGUCCGAAAUAAAUUGGGUUUCAUCGAUGGAAGAUUUAAGAAACCCUCCAAAAAUACACAUCCCGAAGAAUAUAUCUUAUGGGAACGUGCAAAUCAUAUGUUGAUUUCGUGGUUCUCACACUCUGUUUCACCAGAUCUUGUUCCAAAUGUUCUUUUUGCUCCUACUGCCCAACAUAUUUGGGAAGAUUUUCGGGCUCGUUUCUCCCAAGGUAAUCUUCCACGAAUUUUUGAAAUAAAACAGUCCAUCGCAUCUCAUGUCCAAGGAAGUAUGACAGUGGCAAAUUAGUUUACAAAAUUGCGUGGAUAUUGGGAUGAACUCGAUUCCUAUCGCCCCCCUUCCUCAUGUGAUUGUUGUAAAUGUGAUGAAAAGAAGAAUCGAGAUGCAUAUCAUAAAGAAGAUCGAUUAAUGCAAUUUCUUAUGGGACUCAACGAUUCAUACAAGGCUGUUCGAGGCCAAAUACUACUCUUGAAACCAGUCCCGGACAUCCGAGAAGCAUAUAAUAUGGUGACUCAAGAGGAGAAACAACGAGAGGUUGGAAGUGGUUCUCUCACCGAUAAUUUUUCUGUGGCAGCAGCUCUAAGGACUUCCAAAAUAACUCAAAAAUCUGCUGGUAAUUCAUUUUCAAAAUCUGAAGAUUUCUUUUGUCAUUAUUGCAAAAAGGAUGGUCAUGUUAUUGGUACAUGUCAUAAACUCCAUGGAUUUCCACCUGGACACCCGAGACAUGGUCCAAGUUUCAAACCGAAAUACGAUCCUCAAUACAAAUCAAGGCGUGCUAAAUUACCGGGCCAUCAAAUUCAAGGCCAAACCUAUUCCGCUGCACAUGCUACUACAGCUACGCCUUUUAACAUGGAUAAUAUGGUGGUCCAUCCAAAAGAAAGUACCAAUGUUCACCCUUCUCUUGGCUCAAAUUUGAAAGCGAUCUGCCCAGACUUAUCCAAUGAUCAGAUUCAACAAUUAACCGCUGCCAUGGCCACCAUGUCUAAGAGUAAGAGUGAUGUAUAUGCCAACGCCGCAGGUCUGGAUAAUUCUCCCUCUCUUGAUUCUGUUUCGACGCAUUGUUGGAUUUUAGAUAGUGGAGCCACGGAUCAUAUCACUUCUAACUCCGAUUUACUUAUUCAAACAGAUAAAACAAAAAUACCCCAUGUCAAUUUACCUACUGGCACUACUGCCCCAAUUACCUCCACUGGCACAAUUUUAUUUAAUAAGGACAUUGUUUUAGAAAAUGUACUCCACGUGCCUUCUUUUCAAUUAUACCCCAUGUACAAAUUCUUAGUCAAUUUAUGCAAAAUCCACGAAAACCUCACUGGGAAGUUGCUUUAA